AUGGAUCCCUCAAGCGUGGUGGGACUCGUGGUGGCCGCGUUACGACUUGCGACAGAUAUCUCUGUCAUGUUACACAAUGGCCCUUAUCAUGCAUACUCCGGUGCGAGCAAUGAGGUCGCGGGGCUUGCGAGGGAGGUGGACAGACUGUCAGCAGCGCUGAAGACGCUUUCGUCGACAAUGAACGAGGGACCAGGAAGCGAGUCUAUCGACUCUUCGCCGAACAAGAUGGCAGAGACCAAGCGCGUUCUACCGGAGAUCAGGUCGCAGUUGGAGAGCAUCAAGAUACUCCUCGCGACAUAUCGCAAACAUGACAGACCUGCUCAUACCUUUGCUCUAGGCCUGCAAGACGCGACAAGACGACUGCAGGCAUGUCGUUUUGUUGACCGGCUCAGACGGCUCUGCAGGUCGCAAGCGCCAACAGAAGAAAAUCUAUACGGCAACUUCCAGCUGAAGACAUCAAGCAGGUCUUUUUUCAACGUUGGCAGCGUCUUUCUGGUCUUGUGGGCUGAUCCCACCGAGACGGCACCAAAUGUGUACUCGCCUGGUCUUGCGCGGUUGUCAAACGACCGCACCUUCGAUAAGGAAGCUGGAUGGACCUCAGAUUCCUCUUCACAUGCUCGAGGAGAGGUUUAUGGCAAACAGAUUUACUCCAAGGUUCGUCGCUUUGUUGUCGUUCGAGAAGGCGAGGAAUACUGCUCGGCUCUGCCACUCACGACCUAUGGCGGCCAAGGCGUUAGCAGAACGCAGGUUGUGAGAUCUCACCAUGGGAUCAUCUACACCGGCACCACCGAACCUCCGAAUGAAGUUGGCAUACCCGGACGCCAGGCUCCACGCUCGGCCAUCAGUGAUCGAAGUCGUACGCACACCGGACUGUGUGUCAAUCAGCAGGGUAUGAUCAAACCAAUUCUCACCAUCAGUCGCCCCAGGACAGCGCAGCUCGAGCUCAGUUUUAAUGCUCGGCCAGAUGCAAUGGUUGCAGGCCCCAUCAGAGUUGCUACGAACGGCGAAAGCGAGCGUCUGGAUUUACUAUCACGCCUCGACUUCGGGAGGCCCUACACCAGUGACUGUCGUAUCGACUACGAUCUCAAGAAGCUAUCUGGACCAGGCGCCGGUCACUCAGUCUUGGCCAUCGACCUGCCAUCUUGUCUUUCCAAGCAAGCGAUGGAGUUUGAGUAUGCGCCGCACACCAAGGAUAAUCACGACGGUGAGAAAUCACUCUACAAGAGAUUGGACAUUUCCAUUGAUGGCGCUAUUGACCGUCCGCCACCAACAAUUAGGAUGGAUAGCAUACCCUGCAAUAGCCGCGGAUUUACAAUUCGCUGGAGACCAUAUGUGAGAACAAUCGUGAAGGCAGCCAUGGUUCUACUGAUGCCGCCUCUUCUGUUGAGUGUCCACGACUACACUUUCCGGAACAUACUCGAUGGCCAUUCCAUUGCUGUUCUCGGAGAUUCGUCAUCGAUUCGUGGUCAAGACGAUACACGACAUCGAUUAGUUGCACUUACAUCGAGCUUCGUCGAAAAAGCCAUUCUCGAUCCGUCGCCUCUGCUUUUCUUCUGUUGUGCAAUCAGUGCAGCUGCACUCAUGAGGACUUAUGGCUACCUCAACCGGAACGAUCGUUUUCAGAUAUGGUUCCUCCUGACGGGCAUCCUGUGCGGUCUGGUCAUUGGGCUCCUUAAUGGGUAUGGUCUUCUGGCGAGUGCUCUUUGCGUCAUGCCUUGGAGUGUUUUCUUCGCACUACUUGUUAGCGACAUUCUACACCAUGGGCUAAGGGCCAUGCGACCGAGCUUAAAGCUAGUGGAAGUGGUUUGCAGCAACGGUCGCGGAUGCUCAGAUGAUGAUCACAUUCUGGGAUUGCACGGGGACUCCGGCAAGACAUGCACAGGUGAGGCUGAGGUCUAG